AUGAUAUCUGUGUCCACCAGGCAGCUGCUGAGGACGGUGGCCAUGGGUCAGGGCCUGGCAGCCGUCAUCUGUGGGACAGCCAUCACGUCUCAGUACCUGGCCACAGACUUCCACGUUAACACCCCCAUGUUCCAGAGCUUCCUCGCUUACGCUCUGCUCUGCCUUACAUACACCACCAUGCUCGUCUUCAAAAGAGGGGAUGGCAAUAUUUUGCAGAUUCUGAGGAACAAGUGGUGGAAGUACCUGCUUUUGAGUCUGGUGGAUGUCGAGGCAAACUAUACUGUGGUCAAAGCAUACCAGUACACUACACUGACCAGUAUACAGCUCCUGGACUGUUUCGUCAUCCCAGUCCUGAUGAUCCUGUCCUGGUUCUUCCUGAAGACGCGCUACAGGCCGCUCCACUACGUGUCCGUGUGUGUCUGUCUGCUGGGGGUCGGGGCCAUGGUGGGGGCCGACCUGCUGGCCGGACGCGACCAGGGAUCCACCUCUAACAUCCUGCUGGGGGACGGGCUGGUGCUGGUCAGCGCCACCCUGUACGCCGUGUCCAACGUGUGCCAGGAGUACACCGUGAAGAACCUGAGUAGGGAGGAGUUCCUCGGAAUGGUGGGGCUGUUUGGAACCCUCAUCAGUGGAAUACAGCUGGGCAUUGUGGAAUAUAAGGAUGUUGCCAGUGUCCAGUGGAGUUGGAAAAUUGGCCUGCUGUUCGCUGCCUAUGCCCUCUGUCUGUACACGCUGUACAGCUGCAUGCCCAUAGUGGUCAAGAUGACCAGCGCCACGUCAGUCAAUCUCUCCCUGCUCACCGCAGACCUCUUCGGCCUCUUCUGUGGUCUCUUCCUCUUUCAGUACACAUUCUCAGGUCUGUACAUGGUGUCGCUGGUGGUGAUCCUGGUGGGCUUCAUCUCCUUCAACGUCAUGCCGACGACCCCCGCUGACCCCGCUGACCCCGCCUCCCCCGUGGCGUGGGAGGAGGGGAGCUACGACAACCCCGCCCCGGUCUGCGAAGACAGUACGAUGAAACAGGAAGUGGGGGUGAAGAUCACGUCUGACGAUGAAGAGGAUAAAGAAACGACAGCUGAGGAGGAAGAGGAGAGGUUUCAAGGCUUGCCAGGGUUGCCAUGGACUACAGGAGGAAGAGGAGAGUGUUUUGUCAGACACAGCACAAAGAUGUGA